AUGUUAAUUACAGGUGAAUCAGGUGCAGGCAAAACAGAAAAUACUAAAAAGGUCAUUCAAUAUUUUGCAUUGGUUGCUGCUGCCGGUGCUAAGAAAGAAGAUGGAAAGAAAACAAUGACCCUUGAAGAUCAAAUUGUUUCAGCUAAUCCUGUACUUGAGGCAUAUGGUAAUGCAAAAACAACUAGAAAUAAUAAUUCUUCUCGAUUCGGUAAAUUUAUUCGUAUUCAUUUUGGAAGUUCAGGAAAAAUUGCUGGUGCUGAUAUUGAAGUUUAUUUACUUGAAAAA